AUCUACCACUGCUUCUGUGACCACUUGGCUGUGGUCCAGGCCUCCUGCUCUGACACCGCACCCCAGACCUUCAUGGGCUUCUGCAUCGCCAUGGUGGUGUCCUUCCUGCCCCUUCUCCUGGUGCUUCUCUCCUAUGCCCACAUCCUGGCCUCGGUGUUUCGCAUCAGAUCCAGAGAAGGACGCUCAAAAGCCUUCUCCACCUGCAGCUCUCACCUGCUGGUGGUUGGCACCUACUACUCAUCCAUUGCGAUUGCCUAUGUGGCUUAUAGGGCUGACCUGCCCCUGGACUUCCACAUCAUGGGCAAUGUGGUAUUUGCCAUUCUCACACCUGUUCUCAACCCUCUCAUCUACACACUGAGGAAUAAGGAUGUCAAAGCAGCCAUCACCAAAAUGGCAUGUCCCCAGGGCCCAGGGCAUUCUGGAGCCCUUGAUCCUUAG